AGAAGAAGAAGAAGAAGUAAAGAGGAAGUAGUAUCUUGUGUUGUUCUGAAAACACGCUGCCUGAAUUAACUUUCCCCCUUUUCUUGGGCCAAGAGAGGAUUUUGAGUUUUGUAAGGUUUCUCAGGGGAAGUCCUCAAACGUGUCGAUGGAGGAGGCGCUCAUUCAAACCACGAUUCCUCCAGGCCUGGGGAAGAUCCUCGGUGUUCAGUCGAAGACCAAAUCUAAAGCGGAGGCCUUCACCCGGGCGUUCGUGAAGAACAGCAUCCAGCAGCCAACGCGACUCGACCCGAAGAGCAUGAUGAGUCACAAGGCUGUCAAUCUGAGCUACGCCAGGAUCAAGCAGGACAAGUCCAAGAGGAGCCGCAAGAAAGCCAAAGGACUGAACGCCCGGCAGAAGAGAGCCAUGAAGGUCUUCCAGAUCAAACCCGAGAACCAGAGAUACGAGCUGUUCCUGCCUCUGCAUGAGCUCUGGAGGAAGUACAUCAUUGAUCUGUGCGGGGGGGCGAAUCGCCUUAGCAAUCCUCAGUGUCUGCAGCAGAAGCUCGUGAAGGCAGACUUCCACGGUGCCAUCAUCUCCGUGGUCCGCUCUAAAUGUCCUUCGUAUGUGGGGAUGACGGGGAUUCUAGUUCAAGAAUUCAAACACGUUUUUAAAAUAAUCACCAAAGAAGACAAACUGAAAGUGAUCCCGAAGAGGAACAGCGUGUUUGAAAUGGAGAUCAACGGCCUCGUCUCCCACAUCUAUGGAAACCCACUCGAGCAGCGCUCCAGCGAACGCUCCGUCAAGAAAUUCAAAGUUAAAAGAACCAUCGACUUGUGAGGUCACCAGAGGUCACUGCAGUGUGCCUCUAAAGAGAGACGUUACAUAACUGACCGCCCUACAUGACAGUCAGAAGGAAGUGUUAUGAAACAGUUGAGUUGAGUUACACAUCGUUUUGAUUCCUUUGUUGCCUUCAUUCUCUCGAACAGUUUUACAGACGUGUUUCUGUGUGUUCAGGGAACUGUCCUGUACCAGCGCAGUGGGCUGAUUGUAAAUUAAAAAAAACUAAAAUGUUUAAGGCAGAGCUGCAGGGUGUGAACACAACAUUCAAACUUGGCCCCGCCUCCUGAGCUCAUCGCCAUCAGAAGCGCACACUCACUGCAGGGCGCAGCGUGAGCGUAACUGCUGGUGGCCUACACAAGCUAACCGCCGGUGAUGGGUCACCUGCCAACAGGAAGCAACACCUUUGUUUAAGAAUGAGCUUUAUCUGCUCGGCGUUUCGCCUCAUUAGGAUUCUAUUUUCCACUUCUUUGCCGCUACGUCAAGAAACGUCAUUUACGCCCGUUUGAUUCGUGUCCAAACGCUGGACUGUAUCUACUCCUGAGCUCACCUGUGCUCUGUCAUUGGCUGGAGGAAACACACCAGCCCCAGUCAGAGGAGUCUGUGCAGACACAAUCACAACCAAGUGAUGAUUGAGCAGCUUUACCUUUGAAUAAAUCUUUAUUUUAUUUUUUAGGAGUAAACUACUGACUCUACCUUUAAAGUGUGUGAAGGACUUCUUUACUUCUGUUGAAUUGUUUCUUCACACUUCUUCACGACAACUCAUUGCGCCAACAACAGUCUCUUCCUUUGUUGUUGGCGCUGAGGAAGCAAAGUAAACUGACCUGCAUGUUUCUAAAUUGACAUUGAGUCACAUUUAUUUGGAAGAACUUUUCACAUUUCAAUUGGUGUGUUUCAUUUUUGUCCCUUUUUAAUGACUAAUUAUCGCUUAUUAGAUUUCCCGCAGCACUAAGUUUCUUAACUCUUGUUAUGAUCAUCAAUAAACCUGUUAUUAGUCCCUGAA